AUGAACGCACCUCAAGACCACAUAGAACACAUUCCUCGCCCUUCGGUUCUUGUUUGGUGGACCUUCCAUCGAUGGGCUCUGGGCUUUGUUUCUAUCAAAGAUGCUCCGGUACAUGGACUGGUAGACACUCGGACUUUCUACGGAUGCCACAGCACCUGUAGGAGUAGUGCGCUCUGGAGCUUUUCCGUUGAUACCACCAGGUACCCACUCCCGACAGACAGCGAAAUAGCCUGAAGCAACAUCUGGGACGUGUCUCCGCUCUUGCAGGUCCUUGAGAAUAUUCUCUGUUAUACCGAUCCCCAAUCCCUCCUUUUCCAUCUCAUUUCCUUGGGAUUCCAGAGCAUCCUUGCCGUCGUUCUCCUCGGUGGGUUGCUGGCUGUGGGCUACAUUGACAGUUGCCCAUGUCCACAGGAACCAUGCUAUAGCAGGCCUGCCAUAUUUGGGACCACCUAUCCUCUUCUUACAGCUUUGCUGACAUUACUCUUCCGUUUAACAAGCCCACCAACCAACCCACCCGCGAGGACUUUACGCCCCGUUUCUCACGUCGUAAACCCCGAAGCUUGUUGCCGGCCCUGUAAAGAAGCUACGACUCGAAGAAUAUACGCGACGUUCAUUCGAAAACGGCGGUGGAGCUUGAACGUGGGUUCAGCGUACGAUACAGCGCAGCGGUUGCGGGGGAAGGAAGUGGUGCGGGCAGACUCGGUGAAACAUGCACGGAUAAGGCACAGAUUUGAAAUAUUGAAGUUGUGGGGGGUAAUCAGUAAUAAACUGAUUGGACUAUUGGUAGAAUUCGUGAGCGUGCCAGAAUUGUGUUUCGACUGCGACUACUCCACGUGGUAGAAGCAGGUGUGGCCCGAGCGGCCGAGAUGCCGAUGAUCUCAUUGCUCCUUCGCGUACCGUAGAGUUGCGCAAAUAACAGGCACACCGCGCCUUACAUAGUUACUAACGCCAUACGGUUAUAAAAAUCAAGAAUUCUUAAGUAUGUCUACUGCGCCAGAAAAUUGACAAUAACACUUUAAGUCGUGACUUACUCAGGAUCGCGGUGUGCCUGUUAUUUGCGCAACUCUCCGGUCUAUACACUCAUUGGUAAACAAGCUUGGAUAUUAGGCUGGGAGCAAACAUCAAGAGACACAACGUAAUGAAACGACUUUAGAACACUAUUCAUACUAAACGUGUAUUUCCAUUCCUGUUGCCUUCGAAUACUUCGAAGGUACAUGUAUUCCAGACUCCCUGUGGUAUCUGAGCCGGGUUCAUAUAUGACUACAAUCCAUCCAACGCG